AUGCUUAAGAAAGCCAAUAUUCUUUGCUGCGGAGGCUUCCAGCUCCUGAGUCCGUCAGCCACCGUUCCGCCACCUCGUUUGCCCGCAUCCCCAGGUCAAGGACUGCAAGCACCUCGUGGCAGUAGGAGCUAUGCCACUGCAUCAGAUACCUACAAUCACGAUUAUUCAUGGCCCACUACCCCAUCAUUCAGCCCCUACGAUGUCUUCAACAUACACCGCGGUGCCCCGUACUCGAAGAGCCGAUACUAUGAACUCGUCAAGAUCUACCACCCGGACCGCCCCUCCCACGACCACCCGUUGUGCCGAGAACUGACCUCAGAAGUGCGACUGCAACGCUACCGAAUCGUGGUGGCCGCGCACGAGAUUCUUUCGGAUCCCAACAAACGAGCCGCCUACGAUCGGUCCGGUGCGGGGUGGAGCUACACACCGACACGGUACAACACGGCCGCCGAAGCCACAGCCGAAUGGGGUCCGUACGGACCGACGAUCUAUGCGAAUGCGACGUGGGAGGACUGGGAGCGCUGGCAUAACCGCCACCAAGGGCAGCAGCGGCACGUCGUCGACCACCGCACCUUCACACGGCUCGUGAUUCUUCUGGCGCUAUUCGGGGGCGCCGUGCAGGCGUCAUGGAUUGGCCAGCUGAAUACUGGCUUCGAGCAGCGGCUGCGCGAGGUCAAUGAGGAGUCGACGCGUUUCCUGGUUGGUCGUCGCCAAGAGGCUGUGAACCAGAUGGCUUCGAACGAUGCUCGUGUGCAGCACUUCCUCAUUCGGAGGGAUCCCUCGGGGUCGGGUCUCAAGGAUGACGAACAGUCUGUUUAUCAAAAAGAGUUGAAUCCUCGUCGCGGGUCCGAGGCGAGCGUGGCGGGUGAUCGCCCGGAGACCGAACAGACGGUUGACGUAGAGCAAUCGAGGGAAUCCCAACCGCCGUUCUGA